AUGGAUAGCCAGAGUAGUGAGACUAGUGUAGUGUCGCAGAAGCCCAGCUCCUGCCACGAGGCAGUCCUGAGGGACCACCAGUACGAGGUCCUGAGGGACAUCGGGUGUGGCGGGUUCGGCCAGGUCCAACUAGCCCGCCAUUGCCCCACAGGAGCAGAGGUGGCAGUGAAGGUCCUGCCCAAGACAGUGCAGAACCUCCCGUUCCUGUCCGAGCCCGAUACGAUGAGGAGCCUGAAGCACCCCCACGUGAUUCAGUUGUUUGAGGUGGUGGAGACGCCCCAAAAUAUCUACAUGGUGAUGGAGCACGGAGGUGGGGGCCAGCUCCUGGACCACGUCCCCGAGGGAGGCCUGCAGGAGAAGGAGGCGCGCAGGCUCUUCCGGCAGACAGUGAGCGCCGUGGGCUACUGCCACGACAGGGGCAUCGUGCACCGGGACCUGAAGCCAGAGAACAUCGUGCUGGACGCCAGAGGCCAGGUCAAGCUGAUCGACUUCGGCUUCAGCACCACUUUCCAGCCUGGGAAGAAACUGCACGAGUUCUGGGGCACCCUCUCCCCCUUUGCCCCCGCGAUUAUCCUGAGGCAAGCGUACGAGGGCUCCCCAGUGGACGUCUGGAGCCUGGGGGUCAUUCUGUACUUCAUGUUGACAGGGCGGUGCCCCUUCACGGGGCCCACGGCUAAGAAGAUGCUGAGGCAGAUGGUGCGGGGCGCCUACUGCCUCCCCCACCGCGUUUCUGUGGCAGCGCAAAUCCUCAUCCGCCAGAUCCUGACCCGGGACCCCCGCAAGCGGCCCACGGCCAGGCAGAUCCUUCAGCACCCCUGGCUGGCGCAGGGGGAGCAGCCUGUACCCCGGGUUUAUGGGGAAGCCCUCCCCAGACACCCGGACCCCGAAAUACUGACCGUCAUGUUCGAUAUGGGAUACGAUCUGCACAAGACCUGCGUGUCUCUGGCCAAGAGGAAGUUCAACGCAGCCAUGGCCACCUACCUCAUCCUGGAGCACCAGAAAAGCCAGGGGGCGGGCGUGUUCCAGGGGACCGCUGCGCCCCCCAGGGUGAAGCCUCGCCCUCGCCCCCGCCCCGUGGAUCCUUCCAGCUCCCUGCUCCUCCCCAAGAGGUGUCCCAGUGAGCCUCCCCUUCGCCCCUUGCCCUGUGAGCCUCCGUUGCAGGAGGAGGCCCAAGUGUCAGGGCAGAGGCACAUCAGAAUUGCCAGCCAGCCUGCCAUCCAUUUCCGCUUUCCGCCUGCAAGGACCCCCGCAUCUGAUUCAGCCUCCCAGGCCGACUCUGGGCAAUGCUGUGCCAGCAGAAAGUUCUGGAAGCGGGUGGUGGGGAGGAUUGCUUCCUCUGGGCUACAACUGUGCUGUUGCAUUCCACGUGUCAGCAAUAAAGUGGCUCCAAUGUAA